AUGACUUCCGCCCUCGACAUGUCCCUCGCUGACAUCAUCAAGACCCAGAAGGCCGAGCGCCCUGCUCGCACGGGUGCUGCCCGCGGUACCCGCACUGGUGGUCGCACUGGCGGUCGCACUGCUCCCCGCGCCUCUGGCCGUGCUUCUGGCCCCACCCGCACUGGUCGUCAGACCCGUGACAAGAAACCUUACACUGCCGGUGCCCAGCAGUACAAGGCCACCCCCGUCGCCCCCCUUCAUACCUCCGUCAUCCGCCAGAGCGCCCCCGACGGCUCCAAGAUGAACGUCUCUAACCUCGACGCUCGUGUCUCUGCUGAGGACCUGAAGCCCAGCACUGGCACGACCUACAAGGGCGGCAGUUCGAUCAAAGACGAUGGAUCUUCUUCCUCCUGUCGUGUGGGCCACAUCACCUUUUGGUUGAUUGUGUAUGACUCUAUUUUUGAGCGGGGUCUCUUCGAGUUCACCGCCCAUUUCAAGAAGUCGCUCUCGUUCCGUCUCCUUCAAUUUACUCUCUGGCUCGUCUUCACUUCCCGCGUUGGACCCCUCAAGAAGUGCACCCUCAUGUACGACCAGAAGGGCAAGUCGACCGGCACCGCCCUCGUCCACUUUAGCCGUGUUGGUGAUGCUGCGAUUGCCAUGCAGAAGUUCAACGGAGUUCCUCUUGAUGGCAAGCCCAUGAGGAUCGAGUUGAUUAUUGCCCCCGGCGCCGUUCAGGCCGCACUCCCCGCUGCCAACACGCCAAGGGCACCAAGAGCCGCUGGCAACAACAACAACAACAACAACAACCAGAGACAGCCUCAGCGUGGACAGGGAGCUGCUCGUGGCGGUGACCGCGCUGGUCGUGGUCGUGGUCGUGGUCGUGGUGGACGUCAAGGCGAGAAGAAGGCGCCCAAGACUGCCGAUCAGUUGGACGCCGAGAUGACCGACUACAUGCAGGUUGAUGCUUAA